AUGGCGGGUGAUGAACCAAAAUCAUCCGCUGUUAAAGACGACGCUGAUGAAGAUCCCUACAACCAUCCAUAUGAUGGUUUCGGGUGGUUCCAAAAUGUCAUGGACGACCCGAAUCCAAAUUUGAUGGACAUGGCCUUCACGGGAAAUACGUCUCCUUCUAUGUGUCCUCCAUUAUUACCCUUGGACGUUGACCAAACUCAGUUGUUCCACGAGCUUGAUCUUUCCAUCUCUAAUUACGAUACCAACGACGAUUUUGAUGUACUGUCUUUUUUCGACGACGGAAUUACAACAUCUUUAGACAUGUUAGAACCAUUAAAUGAUGGUCCUAAUGAAAACGUUAACAAUGAUUCCCAAGGAGAGAUUACUUAUGAUUAUGUUAAUGAUCAUAACAAUAACAAUGUGGGUGAAACUACUAGACUUGAAGUGAGUACUCGUGUUUUCGGUGAUCCUAAUGGUCCAAACUAUGAAAUCGGCGGUACAUCAACAACACCUGUAGCCUCUGAUAAAGACUUCGCAUGCGACUGUUGCACAAUGCUUCGAGAACUAGUCCAUAUGAAGGAAGGGGAAAUAAUGACUACCCUCGUCAUAUACGGAGGGAUUGGUUUCAUUUGCCAUGCGUUUCUCCAUACUCGACUGCUUCCUUCUGAUUCUACGGAACCGCAACCACAGAAUCAACCUGAACCUCAAAAAAUUCAUCUGAUGGAUUUAACUAUGGAGGAGGUAAAGAAGUUUAUAGAAGAUUAUUGCUCCCAGAGAUUAGCAAGCGGGUUAUCACUUGUGCAAGACACUAAUGCGGCAUUCUAUGAAGCCAUGAGUGUCAACUCCAUUUUUAACCAGUCUCCGCCUAUGUUGGCACCAUCAACAUUUACUGAAGCUCUUGAUGUUUCACUUGUUCCGCUAAAUGUUGGACUAGCGACAGAGGAACCCACCGCUGGUAUUUACUUAAGAGAAAUCGAGUAA